AAGUCGCUGUGUCGUAUAAUUUUACUCUGCCGCCCGAAGGCUUUCCCUUAAUAAACAAAUGCGAAAGUUCCCUAAAAAUGGAAUGCAGAAGUUCCUUAAGAAUGGAUCACCACACUCACUCGCUACAACUCUUACCUACUGAAGGCAAAUACUCAAAUCUCUGAUAAUUCAUUCAAUGGCUUCUCUCGCUCACAUCGCCAACCUUUCUUUGGCGAACGAUGUUUUUGCCUCGGCGGUGACUCCACAGAAACGAUUGUUCUGUGGUGGUUCAGUUGAAUUGCGGAAAUUAUAUGGGGAGAUCAGGAGGAGUAGGAGGGGUUCCUGCGUUUCUACUAAGCCCGAUUGGAAAUUGGGAGCUGGACUGCCACGCGCUUCCGCCACGGAGGUGGUGGAUGAUCGAGGUUUCGAGCAAGAAGAGAAGGGGGUUGGGAACAGGAGGCCUCUCAAAGUCGGUCUCAUCUGCGGUGGCCCCUCGGCGGAGCGUGGAAUCUCUCUCAACUCUGCUAGAUCAGUUCUUGAUCACAUUGAGGGAGAGGAUUUGGACGUUCUUUGCUAUUACAUUGACGCUGAUCUCAACGCUCAUGCUAUAUCCCCCGCUCAGGUAUACUCAAACACCCCUGCAGAUUUUGAUUUUAAGCUUGAAAGCCUGGCCCAAGGUUUUUCGUCUUUGUCUGAAUUUGCAGAGCACCUAGCUGCCGCUGUGGACAUAGUCUUCCCCGUCAUACAUGGUCGAUUUGGGGAAGAUGGCGGGAUCCAGGAUCUUCUGGAAAAGUAUAAUGUCCCAUUUGUUGGCACAGGAUCGCACGAGUGUCGCCAAGCAUUUGAUAAGUACGAUGCUUCCUUGGAGCUCAAGAAACUUGGAUUCGAGACAGUUCCUAAUUUCCUAGUUCAGGGCGCUGAAGCAGAUAUAUCUGAGUUAGCAGAGUGGUUUGCCAAAAACUGUUUGGACCCUAACUCAGGGAAAGUUGUGGUAAAGCCGACAAGAGCAGGAUCAAGUAUUGGUGUUACAGUUGCAUAUGGCGUAGCUGAUUCCCUGGAGAAAGCAAAUAAAAUUAUUGCAGAGGGAAUUGACGACAGAGUCGUUAUUGAAAUUUUUCUUGAAGGAGGGAGUGAAUUUACAGCCAUUGUCCUUGAUGUGGGGUAUGGUUUCAAUUCCCACCCCGUUGUUCUGCUGCCAACCGAGGUUGAGCUUCAGUUUCAUGGCACUGUUGAUGUGCGAGAAAAGGAUGCAAUUUUCAAUUACCGAAGGAAGUAUCUUCCAACGCAGCAGGUUGCUUAUCACACUCCACCCCGUUAUCCUGUUGAUGUGAUUAGUAAUAUUCGUGAAGGAGCAUCUCUUUUAUUUCAGCAGCUUGGCCUGCGAGAUUUUGCUAGGAUUGACGGAUGGUUUUUGCCUUCAACCACACAUGUACCCCAUUCUUCUGACAACAAAUUUGGAAGGACUGGAUCGGGUACAAUAAUAUUUACGGAUAUUAACCUGAUUAGUGGUAUGGAGCAGACCAGCUUUUUGUUUCAGCAAGCUUCAAAGGUUGGUUUCUCUCAUUCAAAUAUCUUGCGAAGCAUUAUUAAUCAUGCUUUCCUGAGGUUUCCCGAUCUCGCCUCACACAGCCGUGUAUCAGAUCACUUACCUAGAAGAUCAAAAUCCUUGCAAUUUAGUGGAAAAGUCAACAGAUGUGAAGAUGUUCGUAAGGUUUUUGUAAUAUUUGGAGGAGACACUUCAGAGCGACAAGUAUCCCUCAUGAGUGGAACAAACAUUUGGCUCAACUUACAAGCAUUUGAUGAUCUUGAAGUAACUCCUUGCUUGCUUGCACCGUCGAAUGAGAAUUUAUCUGGUGUAGAGGGUUCUGAUGUGAGCUCCAGAGUAGUUUGGACAUUGCCUUACUCUCUUGUGCUGAGACACACUACGGAAGAAGUUCUUGCUGCUUGCAAAGAAGCAAUUGAACCGAAUAGAGCUGCAUUGACAUCUCUUCUGCGGAACCAAGUGAUGGAUGAUUUAAUGGAAGGUUUGAAGAAGCAUGGUUGGUUUACAGGGUUUGAUAUAGCUGAUGAAUUACCUGUAAGAUUUUCUGUGGAAGAGUGGAUUAAGCUUGCCAAGGAAGUUCAGGCAACGGUUUUCAUUGCAGUACAUGGAGGCAUUGGUGAAGAUGGCACACUUCAGUCUUUGUUGGCGGCUGCUGGAGUUCCUUACACUGGUCCUGGUGUCGAGGCUUCUAAAACUUGUAUGGACAAAGUAUCAACAUCUACAGCUCUUAAUCACCUUGCAAACAUGGGAGUUCUCACCAUAAAUAAGGAUGUGCAGAGAAAAGAGGAUUUACUGAAUAUGCCAACGUUCAAGAUUUGGCAUGAAUUGACAUCAAAGCUCCAAUGUGAAACAUUAUGUGUCAAACCAGCAAGAGACGGAUGCUCAACUGGGGUUGCAAGAUUAUGCUGUCAAGAGGACCUUGCGGUCUAUGUAAAAGCAUUGAAGGAGUGCCUUCUGCGGAUUCCUCCAAAUAGUCUGUCAAAGGCACAUGGAAUGAUUGAAAUGCCAAACCCUCCUCCAGAGCUCCUGAUCUUUGAACCUUUUAUUGAGACUGAUGAGAUUGUUGUUUCAUCCAAAUCCAAAAAUGAAAGUGCACAUCAUCUUAUGUGGAAAGGACAUAGUCGCUGGGUGGAAGUGACUGUUGGCGUUGUAGGAAAGCUGGGAUCAAUGCGUUCUUUGAGUCCUAGUGUUACCGUCAAGGAAACUGGUGAUAUUCUAUCACUUGAAGAGAAGUUUCAAGGUGGUACUGGAAUCAAUCUUACUCCUCCUCCUGUGUCAAUUGUUAGGAGCGAGGCACUGGAGAAAAGUAAAAAAUGCAUUGAACUGAUUGCAAACACUCUGCAAUUGGAAGGAUUUUCACGCAUCGAUGCAUUUAUGGAUGUUGACAGUGGAGAGGUAUUGGUUAUUGAGGUCAAUACUGUUCCUGGGAUGACUCCUUCCACUGUUUUAAUUCAUCAGGCAUUGGCAGAAAAGCCUCCCAUAUAUCCCCGUCAGUUUUUCCGCACAUUGCUCGACUUGGGAUCAGAGAGGUUUAUGUGAAACUCUUAUGAGUUUAGUGUGCCUCCACCAUUUGAGUAGGGACUUUCAUGUGGCUUGAGCUUUGCUCCCCUGAAUUGUAUAAUGGACAAAGCUUGCCCAUGGACACUGUAAUAUGGUGCUCGCAGCAAUGCCAGCAUGGGCCUUUGCAUUUCUAUGGUUCUUAGCCAAGAAACAUUGUGUGGUUUGGGGAUUGCUUUUCUUUUGUUCAAUCAGGAAAUAGUUUAUUCCAGUUGAACAUGCAGAAGAAAAUGCAGAGAAAUUCUGAUGACCUUAUUCACGUACUUUGAAGUUCAUGUAGCACAAUGAUAAGUGUGGCAUGACGUUGAUUUUAACAUAGAUCGUUGAGGUGUUAAUACAUUAAUAUCC